AGAGAGACGGAGAAAGAGAGAGAGAGACAGGGAGGGAUAGAUAGAGACAGAAAGAGAGAAGGAGAGAGAAAGACUAAGACAGAGACAAGGAUAGAUGGAGAAAGGGACAGACAGAGGGAAAGA